UUGCCACAGUUACAAAACGUGCGCAACACACAGUCCACAGACUCUACUAGCUCUGUCAUCCACCAGAGUUUGUACUGUAUAUUUAAUCCUCGGUUAGCACAAUUAUUCUGUUGCAGGUUAAGCUAUAGCUACUGCUAUAAUGGAGAGGCCGGAGCUGGAGCUGGAGCUGGACCUCGGCCUCAGCCUCCUCCACCGCACUGCACCGGAGGAGCCGCCGGGCUUCUUCCUCUGCACGUACUGCGGCCGCAAGUUCCACACCUCGCAGGCGCUCGGCGGCCACCAGAACGCGCACAAGUAUGAGCGCACCCUGGCAAAGCGCCACCGCGAGAUGGCUGCAGCCGCCAUGCGCGCAGCGUCGUCCGUGAGGGGCGCCGGCCGGGGCCAGGUCGACGCCGACACCGUGCCUGGAGGCGCCGCCGGAGCUGCCAGCGGCGUUGCUGGAGGAGAGCCUGAGGCGGCUAAGAACGCGAGGCAUGCUGAUCCGCCGGCGGCGCCUUGGCAGCGGGGCGACGUCGACCGCGCCGACGACCUGGACUUGUCACUCAGGCUAUGAUUAGCCAUUUUUCCUGAGCAGGCGACCUCUUCCUUCUGCCUGCAGGCUUCAUCUGUCUGUUCCUAAAUGAUUAGUUUAUGUUUAUCCUGCUGCGCGUGCCUUCAAUUCGUUGCAUAUGGUUCAGUUUUUCUGAUAGAAUAAUGCCUAGAUUGGCAAGAAAAGUAUUUGUCGAUUUACGUACCCAGACUCCGAUCCCACAGGGCUUCAGUUGUUUUCACUUGAUCGAUUUGUUGUCAAUCUAUUUAGCACCUUUUCUCAGAAGAUACUGUUUGGAAAUUGGAAUGCUCUUUUUUUGGGUACUGAGUGGGAUUCUCAGAAGAUUUGUGCAUAUUCCAUGUGAGAAUUGCUCGCUUGAUGAACAAGUACUACAGAUUUCUGACUAGAUCUAUAUGACGGACUUGCUUGAUACUGAUUAAGUUGAUGCAUGAUGUGGUCGCUAAACAUGCUAGCUUCCGCACUAUGGUACGGUUGAUUUUGCUAGAUGAUAAGUAAGCAAGUACAUAUAUGUCUGAAAACCACCCUACUCAUUGCAAAGCAAGUUUAUUUUGCUUACCCAAGCAAGCUAGACACAAUUAUCUUUGAUCAGUUACUCUCCUCUUUAUCUUGUUGUACCACGAUACAGU